UGUUCAACACUGGCAUUAUCUCAGAGCAACACAUGACUGCACAAAGGCUGAGUGAGGCGAUGAAGAAGAAAAUAGCCUGUCUGGGUGUGUGUGUGUGUGACUGAUGCCAAGACAACCUUGGUUCAUCAUUUCUGAACACUAAAUGAGAAAAGGCAGGCCAAAUACCACGAAUAUAUGACAGUGGAUGAAUCUGGAAACAUAAGCCACAGACAAUUUUUCAAGCAGCAAGUCCAAUUAUGGAAACACAUCACACCACAAGAGAAGCACCAGCUGUGUCUGAACUUUUAGAGGAUGCUGGGAACUGUAGGCAGAACACCAGCCAGGAGUUGAACCUUCAUCCUCUCAGUGACUCUCUCUUCAGUGAGCAGCAGAAGCUGAGGCAUGUGUUGGGCUGGGUUCACAGAUUCCUCAGCAACGGAUCAGAGGUUUAUCAUGAAUUUUGCAGAGCUGACAGUUUGAUUUUGGCCAAUGAACAGGAUGAAAAGAAGAGGGAAGCAGAGAGAGGAUCACAUACAUUUAAACAUUCAUCUCCAGGUAGUAAUGAGGUACUUGAGGGAAGGAGUACAGGUAAGGUUUGGCAACUUAAACCAUCAGAUAAUAAGAAUAGUGAACAAAAUAAUUCCCUCAGUGGAUAUAAACCUUCUUUACAAGAUGAUCUCUACAUUCCCCUCUCCUUUACCCCGGGGAGAGAUGAGGAAAUUUGGCCAGAGAUGCAGCUAAAGCGUACAACCAAUAAACAAACUUGUUGCCAAGACAAUUGCCGAGCAAGCAAACUGCACAUAUCUAAUCAAAGACACCAAACAAACAUAUCUGACAGCAGCACAAAUCAAAUGCUUGCAUCAGAUGCUGCAGCUCGCUUGAUCAAAGAUUCUGCAUCGUGCUGGAGCAACGUUAGUUAUAAAAAAAGCCCAGUGUUUGAUGCUGUGAGCUCCUUAGAACCGUUACUAGAUUCCAUAGAUAUAAUAGAAAAUCAAAAGGAACUGAGGAAUGCAGAUGAAGGGAUGUUGGAGGUUGAGAAGGAGACAACAGAUGCUAGGCUGGAGGGAAAUGAUGGAAGGAUGCAUAAAGGACAUGAAUCCAGCUCAGCCUUCAGGGUGUAUGCAAACGGUAAUGUGAGCCACACUGAGCCAGAGAAGAUAACCAGACAGAUGGCAAAGACUGCAAACCCUACUUCUACAUAUCACCUGAAAAUACAAUCAAAUCUAACUGUAUAUGAGCAGUACCAGAUUUGUGUGCAUCAACUUCAUCACCUAAGAGCUAGACAAAGUCAGCAUAUCGAACCGCAGUGCUUCAUAGAAUCACCUGCAAAAGGGAGGAAGACAUCCGAAGAAACUGCAGCACCCAUUGAAGCAUCAGUCAUUCCUACACCUUGCAUUGAACUGAGCUCUUGCACCACAAAUCCUGAGAUUAAAAAGCAUUUCAAUAAAGCAAGACGCAAAAGGGUUUCAGCUGCAGAAAUCACAGAGGAGGGGAGGUCAGAUCCCACAGACAAAAACCAGGACAGAACCACACAGGAUAGAUACAGGGCAACACUUACUGAACACAAGGAGCCCAAACACUGUGACAAACUGACUGUGAGAGAAAACAGACCUUUGUGUCAGAAGAACACUGCUAAUGGCAAGAAACAUGGUGAUUUUAUGAAGAAGACUGGAGAGACCAUAACCUCUACUGAAAAGAUUAUUGACACACCUGUGGAGGAGAGGGCUGCACUUACAGUGUUGCUGCCAAAAAAGACUGAAUGUCAUUCCAGGCCUGAAAUGUCAUCAGAGUGGUGUCAAAGGUCAAAAGAAGACAAGUGGAGAUCGACAUCCCUGGAGGCUCUGUGGAAAGUCAAGCAUGUCCUUGUCUUCGCUGACAAAUGGAGUAUUGUCAAGACGUCAGUCAGCAGGAGCAAUCAAAUACACAAAGAGAGUAAACAGACAAACGCACCCAAAGAGACACAUACCAGAGGACAAAAGUGAAACACACAUCACCUUACAGGGAUACACACACAUACAUACCUACAGAGACACACACGCUUCCUCAUGACGAUAUCAGA